CUUUCCUGGAGGCAGUCAGAAGUGAAUGGGCAUGGAGCGGCCUGCGGCCUGGGAGCCGCAAGGUGCGGAUUCGCUGCGUCGCUUCCAAGGGCUGUUGCUGGAUCGCCGCGGCCAGCUCCACGGCCAGGUGCUACGCCUGCGCGAGGUGGCCCGGCGCCUAGAGCGCCUCCGCCGGCGAUCCCUGGCGGCCAAUGUGGCAGGCAGCUCACUGAGCGCCGCGGGCGCAGUCGCUGCCAUCGUGGGGCUUUCGCUCAGCCCUGUCACCCUGGGUGCCUCGCUUCUUGCGUCGGCUGUGGGACUAGGGGUGGCCACCGCUGGAGGGGCGGUCACCAUCACGUCCGACCUCUCCCUGAUCUUCUGUAACUCCCGGGAGGUGCGGAGGGUGCAGGAGAUCGCGGCCACCUGCCAGGACCAGAUGCGUGAGAUCCUGAGUUGCCUGGAGUUCUUCUGCCGCUGGCAGGGCCGCGGGGACCGCCAGCUGCUGCAGAGCGGGAGGAACGCCUCCAUGGCCCUGUACAACUCUGUCUACUUCAUCGUCUUCUUUGGCUCACGUGGCUUCCUCAUCCCCAGGCGCUCGGAGGGGGCCACCAAGGUUAGCCAGGCGGUUCUGAAGGCCAAGAUUCAGAAACUGGCGGAGAGCCUGGAGUCCUGCACCGGGGCUCUGGACGAACUUAGUGAGCAGCUGGAGUCCCGGGUCCAACUCUGCACCAAAUCCAGCCGUGGCCACGACCUCAGGAUCUCUGCUGACCAGCCCGCAGGGUUGUUUUUCUGAGAACAUCCUUUCCCCCUAAUGACCUCGGCCUGAAACUACUCCCAUGGGAUGCUCCAG